AUGAUCGAGGAUCAACUUGUUGAUCUUGAUCUACAUUCGCUCGGUUCGAUAUCAAUGGACCACAGUUGCUGCUGUAUUGAUCCUGGUGCGAUGGAUUUGGAUGUGGACGUCAUAUUGGCUAAGGACCACGACCACCUACGAACGAUGUACGUGGAUAAUCUGGACAAUAUUUACGCCACAACGAAGGAUUCAUCCCGAAGAAAUUCGAUUGGAUUCAAGGAAUAUGUGAAAAGUCGACGAUUCACUAUGAUGAGUAAACCGAAUCGGGUAACGGUACCGAUACCGUCCACAUGCGAUGCCUCCAGGAAAACGAGUAGUUCGGAUUCGAACUUUUGUGAUGCACCAGAUGAUUUAGAUGAUGAACUCUCGCCAAGACCCGUUUAUCAACGACGGAUGAGUGUUCCGGAGAAAGUUUUUCAUAGCGCUGACUACGCUAUAUUACGUCCGUCAAUGGAAGCUGAUGUGAAAUUUGAGAUCGUUGCUGCGUUUGAUCGCUACACCGAUCCAUAUCGUCACUACAUGCAAUCGCUCACAUGCUACGAUCUACAGCCGACCCAUGGUGCUGUCGUUGUGAUCGACGGAGAGCUCAAGAUCCAUAAAGCGCUGACAGCUCUCAGUCAAUGCGGUCAUCAAGUUGCUAUUGUAUCAAAUUUAGAUGUAAGAGGAGGUCUUGGGAUAAUCACAGUUACGGAUUGCUUGAAAGCUAUUGUGUUGGCUUCCGAAGGAGUGCAAAACGUAGCCGAACAAACUGUUGCACAAUUUUUAAAAUCAAAUAAUCGAAAACAACUGGUGACGGCUGACGUGAAUACAAGUGUAUGGGAUGCAGCGAAGAUGAUUUGCUUGAAUCGUAUCCAUCGAAUUCCUAUCGUACAUUUUGAUGAAGUUGUUGGUGAUGCCAAGAAGCAGCAGGGGAACCUCCUCUACGUCCUCAGCCUUAAAACUGUGUUCAUGGAGACCAUAAUGAAAUUGUCGGAUCCAAAGCCUUCGCUCUGCCCUCACAUCAAGCAACGGACGAUCUCUGAGCGAAAACUUGGAACAUGGAGUCGACUGUAUACAGUACCACAAACAGCUACAUGCGAUGAUGCGAUCACACUAUACCUUGAGAAAAAAAUCUCGAGCGUACCAGUUGUGGAUUCAUGUGGUCGUGUACUUGGUGUAAUAGGAAAAAGUGAUAUUAUGUUGGAAUUGGUACGUCAUCCGAACAAUUACUUAGAAAUUCUGGAUAUUCCUAUUAUGGACCUAAUCGCUUCGAUGAGUCCACCAGUGUAUGGGACGACAACGAUGACUGUUUUCGAUUGUAUUGCAGCAUUGGUGAACACGGAUCGACAAUCAAUCGUUAUCAUCGAUGUGGAACGACGACCACAAGCCGUCAUCUCCUAUUCAGAUAUUAUGGAUUUCAUCCAGAACAGCUCAGAUUCACAUCAUAAAUUGAGCUUGGCAUAA